GGCACUUUGAGCUUUGAUUCUCGCCUGUAUACACUUCCACGCUUCUAAAAGACACCUUCACAUCACAACCAUGAGCGGGAACGCCAAACGCCGUCUCCAAGCCCUUAGCCAGCAGCUGGUGGAAGGCAUUCCCGACGCCGGCACCUUCGAGGAUAUUCCGCGGAUUCGGACCAUUGCCCCUGACUCAGUAGGACCCCGUGUAAAAGACAAGGUCGCCAUUGUAACCGGAGCCAAUUCCCCCACCGGUAUCGGUCGCGCUACAGCCCACCAAUACGCGCAGAACGGCGCCAAAGUCGUCUACCUGUGUGACUACAUCGACACGCAUCUCUCCACGCACAAGCGGGAGAUCGAAUCCCUCUACCCGGGCACCGAGGUGUACAUUCGCCAAUUCGACGCCGCCGACGAAGCAGCCGUCAAGGCGGUCGUCGAGGAUGCGAUCCGCGACCACGGACGGCUGGAUAUCUUCUUCGCGAAUGCCGGCGUCGUGGGACAACAAAAGAUGCUGACCGACAUCACGGCCGAGGAAUUUGCGGCGACCUUGAGGGUUAAUACUGUUGGUGUGUUCCUGGCCGUCAAAUAUGCCUCGAUUGCGAUGCAAAAGACGUCACCCACGAAGCCCUACCCCAGUGGUUCGAUUGUUUGCACGGCAUCAAUUGCGGGCUUGCGGUCGAAUGGCGGGUCGACGGAUUAUUCAGCCUCCAAGGCGGCUGUAAUCAGCAUCGCGCAAACAGCCGCCUUCCAGCUAAAUGGGACGGGCAUUCGCGUGAACGCUAUCUGCCCCGGGUUAAUCGAGACGGGGAUGACGCAGCAGAUGUUCGACGCGGCGCGGGCGCGUGGCACGCAGCGCAAGCUCGGCCAGCUGAACCCCUUGCAGCGGGGUGCCAUCGCUGACGAGGUUGCGCGAGUGGCCUUGUUCUUGGGCAGUGAUGAGAGUAGCUACGUCAAUGGGCAGGCAUGGGCGGUUUGUGGCGGACUGAGUGCUGGCCACCCGUUCGUGCCAGGGAAACUGGCUUGAAAACUUGGAAGUCAUAGAACGAGACGCUGGCUACACGGUAAAGGUCGCGGCCGAUUCAGUAUAUCUCGGACUUCACGUGGUGGCAGCUUUCAAAGCAGCCUUCUCCAGAGAAUAAGAAUUAUACACAAAUGGGAAACAGGUGGGUGACAGUAGGGAAAGUCGAGCGAAGGAAGGGUCGGCCCCGUAGCUGGAUGCCAAGGUAAUUUACUAGGGGAUAGAACGAAAUCCCAGAACAGAAAAUGGUAUA